AUGACGAACGAAUUUAAUGCACAUAUUGAAAAAUUUAUUAAUUCAUUGACUGAAAAUCCACUAGAAAUUCAUUAUCAAGGUUUUGAUUUUUCAAGUGUAAGUGAUAGUCGAACACAAUUAACAAAAUUCAAUUAUGAUAAAAGCAAAGUAUCAUUUCUUAAUCUCGAGAUGAUUGCAGAUAUGUUUCAAGUAUUUACUGCUGUUCACAGUGCUGUUGAAAAAAAUUCAUCAAGAGAUUUUUGUGUCGAAGUACCACAUCGGUUAUCAAAUACAAAAUCGGUUGGUGAUGCAUUACGUAUGUUUGGUGGUUAUGGUAAACCAUAUAUACUUGUUGUUUCCAUACUUGAUCGGUCACAAAGUGAAGAAUUAUUUGAAAACAUUAGUAAAAUUGAAAAUGUAACGAAAAUGACCAAGGAACAAAUGCAACAAUGUAUGAGCAAUAAUUUCGAUAAUAUUCGAAAAUAUUAUUUUGGAACGACAAGUGAUCAAGAACAAGCUGCUUAUGAAAAUCCCAUUGGUGAAAUUGUUACUAAAAUGGUUGCUUCUAAACAUCUCUGA